ACACACGGCAAUGUCAAAUCUGACACUGUAGUCUUCCCUUCAUUAUUGAAGUCUGAAAUUUUCGCAAGUUAAAAUCGACUUUUAUCGCUGUAAGACUCGUAUUGCCGUUCCAGCAAUUGUUCUUCUAAUUUCUUCAUUAAAACUUGUGGAAAUUAUGGCCGAUUCGCAAGGAAACGAUAAUACUACAUGCGUUGUAUGCUUUAAGAAUGUGGUGUACUACUCUAUUGGAGAAUGUGACCAUCCAGUUUGCUUCGAGUGUUCAACACGCAUGAGAGUGCUGUGUUUGCAAAAUGAGUGUCCUAUAUGUCGUCAAGACCUUGCCAAGGUGGUGUUUACGGAUACCGUUAAGCCAUAUAAAGAGCUUCGAAACAAGGUGUUUACUGACAAACUCUUUGAAAGGCAAUUUAAAAUAGGGUUUUGCAGCGAAGAAAUCAAAAAAUCCUAUGAAGCCUUGCUACAAAACCAUUGCAAGAUCUGUGAUAACAUACCCCCUUUUCGUACAUUCACUAUGCUAAAUGACCAUAUGAAGAGAGUACAUGAAAGGUACUUUUGUGAUUUAUGUGUGAAGCACUUGAGGAUUUUUACAAGCGAAAGAAAGUGCUACACACGUCAGGAACUGGCCCAUCAUCGACGGAAAGGUGAUCUUGAUGAUACAUCCCACAGAGGUCAUCCACUUUGUGAGUUUUGUGAAGAACGUUUUAUGGACGCAGAUGAAUUGUACCGACAUUUGCGUAAGGAGCACCUAUACUGCCAUCUUUGUGAUGUUGAUGGACGCAAUUUGUACUACGCCUCGCACUCUGCGCUUGCGCACCAUUUUCGCACGGAGCAUUAUCUCUGCGAAGAGGGGGAAUGUGCAGGACAACACUUGACAGCUGUGUUUAGAAGUGAAAUUGAUCUCAAAGCUCACAAGGCAACUGUGCACGGGCGCGGUAUGAACCGCGGGGCGGCUCGGCAAGCUCGUACUCUGGAACUGCAGUUCAAUAUUACUCCUCAUCCUACUGCCGUGGUACAACGGGUUACCAGGGAGCGGCCAGAGCCGCGCUCGCCGUCGCCGCCGCCGCCGCCGGUCGCGGCGCGCAUCGACCCGGCGAGCGAUGAGCAGUUCCCGCGGUUAUCGGCCGCUGCGCCCGCGCCUGCGCCGCUGCUCGCCGCACCUUCUAGAGCCUAUAAAGGUUCUGGAGGGUUGGCCCGUAACGACCGCAACUUUCCGGCGCUGGACGGGGCGGGGCCGUCGCGAGCGCCUGCUCCAAGACCGAACGCACCCGUUGCCGCUACGGUGCUGAGAAAUUCUAAACAGCCAAGCGUGUCGAUCCAAGUGCACAGCCAGCCGGCAAGUGCUAGCAACUUCCGGUUGACACAGACAAGUGGAAACCGCAUCACCAUCCCGAAGAAGCCACUAAACGAUGAGGACUUCCCCUCGCUGCUGGGGCCCAGGGACGACCACCCCAGCCUUGGUGCGGCCUCUCUACAGCCAGCCAAGGUAACACUGAUUAACAGUGAUGAAAUGCAAUCACUGAAAAAGCAACCAAGCCAUCAGCAUAAGAAAGCCCAACUGAGUAGCGAGGCGUUUCCCGCGCUUUCAUCGUCUUCUGCACCGACCACGCCUCCGCAGUGGAUAACUGUUUCCAAGUCGAAGGACAAGUCGAAGCAGACCCGCAACCAAAUGGAACCGAACCCGCCGCCCAGGGAACCAACUUUCAACCCUGUCGCAGACUUCCCCACUUUGCCAGUAAACACAAAAGCAAAGAAGAAAUCCCAAGCAGUCCCACUCCAGAUAUCGAGACCCCAGCCCGCUCCGCCCCAACCUCAAACCAACACACAGUCACAUAACGAGGACACUAAAAACAAAAACAAAAAGAAACGGAACGCCAAUUUCAAUGCUCAGAAAGAGAAAGAGAAAGAGAACGACACAGUCGUUAAUGGAGUGACCGAGCGGAACGAGUACAUAGUGGCGAGUGUCAACAACAACAAUAGUAGCGGGGAAUCCGAUAGAAAGAUCAAGACCAUCACUGACAAAAACAAUACUAAUGCGACUACGAGAACUGGAAAUGGGGACUUUUCGUUGAAGUCCAAAGAAUAUCCGCCCCUUAAUCCGAAGGCUGAUAGUUUUGUUCCCCCACCAGCCGCAAGCAGGCCUACGAUGAACGGCAGCGUGCCUCCAGGAUUUAAGAAGCGUCCCCCGUGCGACGGGAUGACUUUCACCAACUCGGCGGGACAGACGUUUCCCGCGCCCGUGCACCAGUACAUGCCGCCGGCAAACUUUGAGAGCAGAAAUCGUGCGCUAGUCAAGAAGUUCGCUUCCGCUUUAGGUACGAGCGAUGCGGUGGAAGAUUUCAAAGUCGCAUCUCGAGCGUUCAGAGACAGCAUUAUCAGCGCGGAGGAGUUCUACCAACAUUGUAAAACUGCCCUGGGGAACAAAUUUGAGGAACUGUUCCCGGAAUUGGUCGCUCUCUUGCCAGAUAUAGCAAAGCAGCAAGAGUUGGUCGUAGGGAAGAAUAUAAGCGCAUUGGACGUGUGCCCUACGUGCGGACAGGUGAUCUCGAACGCAGACGCCAUUUCCCAUGACACGGCCCACUGGCCACCUCUAGCCCCACGUUAGAUGUAUAUUGUGAUACUAUUUAAAUUUGUUUGUGUUCACACUCGGGUACUAAAUUAUAAAAUUACAAGGUGCUUACCGCUUCAUCUUUCCAUACUUAUAUUGCGAUCCGAUUUAAGCCAUUUUUAAUUUUUGUUACUUUACGUAUUUGUCGCCUAUAGCUUAAGUAGAAGAGAUUGUAUAUACAACUAAAUUAUAUCACAGUUAUAAGAUGAAUGUGAUUAGCAUGUUACAUGGUGUAAAAUAUAUUGUUUAAAAGUUAUCUAUUUUUGUAUUAUCCAACUGGACAAGUUUUAAUUUUGUGUUAUAUAUUUUUGUUAUAGAACUUAUUAUUUCGUUAUAACCCUUGGUAUAAUUGUAAAUAAAAAAAAACAACACAUUUCUUCGACAAAUAUAAUAAAACAAGCAACAAAUACAAAUGCUUUUGUAAUAUUUUCUCCUUAUACCACUUGCGACCAUAUUAUUGGCCUCCUUUG